UCAGUUUUCAUGCUGAGGCCUCCUAAUUCUUACUUGAGCUCUUAGGGUAGAGUUUAAACGGUUUACUUUGUUUAAUCUGAUCGGCGUUUUUUUUAUCAAGAUUUAGUUCUACAGUAUGGGAUUGUCAACUUCAUGCUCAAACCUAAUUCUUUACCCGGUCUUGUGAGCGUAAGUAAUUCUAGAAGAGCUACAGGCGAAGUUGCAUGAAGUUCGGCAGAUUAUAUUUUCUUCGGAUUCAACUAAAGAAAUCAUCUGAGAUAACACGGUAAAUAUCUGCCUAAAUCUGAUCACUGUGUGGGUAAACACACACAAUAUCACGUUUGACAAUAACAUGCUCAUCACAUAUUCCUGAAAUUUUAAAUAACGACAGUCUUCUUGUUGCAGAUUUUACAUUAAAGAUGUUAAAUCUGAUACAUCCGAGCGGGAAGAUAUCCAUGUAUUAUGAGCACGUUACUGAGGAAAUCCGUAAGAGUGAAUCGGUGUCCGUAGUUAACAGUGAAUUUCGGUGUGGAGAAGAAGGUUGUCCAAAACACAAGUCGAUGAAAACAUGUAAAGACUCAACAACAUCGAAUACAAAGUGCAUGUGGUGUGAAAAUGCUAAUAUGUGCAUUCCCAGCACUGAUAAGAAUACUCAUGACUUCAAAGUCAGUCUUUGCCAGAAUAAAAGUAGCUUGAUUGACGUUUCCAGUGAACCGACACUUAUCGAAGGUGAAGAAGAUACAACUCCAGUAACUACUGUAGCCGACUUAAGAAAUGAAUUGAGGCAGACUACUGAGAACACUGAAACUCAUUCGAAUAGCUCGAAUAUCAGCGUUUCGAAUGGACCAACACUUAUCGAAGACGACAAAACAACUCCAACAAGUACUGUAACCGACCUAAGAACUGAAUUGAAGCAGACUACUGAAAACACUGAAACUCAUUCGAAUGUGACAACACAAAUGAAUGAAGAUAAGAAACAAGGAGAGUCUCGCAAUUACGCGUACAUUAUCGUACCAGUAGUUGUCACAUUCAUUGUUAUAUGCAUCGUCUGUGCCAUUGGAAUAUGGUUUUAUAGAAAGAAGAAAAGUAUUCCAUGUUUAUCACAAACGACUUCUUGUUUGUUUCCAUCAUACUGACUCUGUUAUUUUCCUUUUUUAUUUUAUUGUAAACACCUUCCAUUAUGUUAAUCAUUUCAGUAAAUCGGAGAUUGUUCCAUGGGACAGCACACGACUUUCAUGAUUGUUUAUUUAAUGGCUGAUUUAAUUUUGUUUGUACAAUAUAAAAUAUGGUUUUCUGUAGUUC